CUACUCUAGUAAUUUUUAUUAUUAAAAUUAAAAUAAAGGAUUGUUUGCUUAGUCCCAUAGCCAUAAUUAAUUAUAAUAUUAUAAACUUAUAUUAACUAAUACUAGUAACACUUUGGACUUUGUUGGUAAUUAGGAGCAUAUUGGCAUAUAUUCUAUAUUAAUGAAAUAAAAAAAUAUAGAGAAAUCAUACUAUUAGGCAGGCAUGAUUCUGACUAUUUGUAAUUUUAAUUAGUAAAUUUAGUAGAUAGAAAGGUAGGUAGUAGACUAUUAUUACUAUUAAAUUAUUAUUACUAUAUUUAUUUUUUAAAAAAGAUCUCAUUGUAGCCUUAAGUUAGUCUAGUUGUUUUCUUUUAAUUAAAUAUGGUUAUUAUUAUAUAAUUAUUGUGAUAAAAAUUAAAGAAAUGUUUUUUUCCACCUCCUCAGUGUCAGGAUCCCUAGAGUAGAACUAUGGAUGAAACAAAAUUAAAGAAGGAAGAGGAAAAAAAGCCUUUGUUGCUAACUUCUGGUAGUAAUACAUUAAAACAUUUUCUUUACAAUAUGUUGAGAAUUUUUUCAAUAUGAUAAGACCUUAACUUAAACUUAAAUAAUGGUGGAAAAAUUCAACAUCUAGAUAAUAUCAUGAAAAUAUAAACAAAAAUCCAUUUUUAUUUUGAUUAAAGAUAGUGCCAGAUAUGGUUGGUACAAUCAGCAAUCAGUAACAAGCUCUGUCUGUGAAGAUCAGUCUGAUCAGAUCACCACUUCUUCAAAAUCUGAAAGUGCAAGUUCAAAAUGUCGACCUAAUGAAGAUGUUGUAAAUGGGGAUGAAGAAAACAAGAGGUUUACAAUCCGUCACCUGCCACGAAGGAAAAAGCUAGUAGUCGUUUUUCUAGUCCUUUCCAACUUCUUUGUUGGAUGUGGGUUUUCUCUUCUUGCGCCAUUCUUCCCCCAAGAGGUAAUCAUUAUCAAGUACUUUUAAUGUUUGUUUCUCAUUUUAGAAAGUAUAAAGCUUCUUGUCGUUGGUUAAUUUUUUAUAAUGAAAUAAUUGUAUCUAAUCAAAAAGUGCUUUUGCAAACACAUUACAGGUAAUUUUAAUUUGGUUCAGAUAAAUGCAAUGCAUCUAUAUAUAUGGCAUCCUUCCGUCUUCGUGAGACGAUGGAGUAGCUAUAUAGUUCUACACUUUGACUAGUGGCUCACUAGGCCAAUCCUAGAAUGGCAAUCAUGGCAGCAUCUCUCGCAGGAGAAUAUUUUAAGUUGUAACUUUAUUUUCUAAAUCAGGUACAAAAUGGAAAAAAAAAUCUGUCAUAAUUACUUUUGCUAUAGGUCAUAUUCACAUGUUAAAGACAGGCUUUUCUCACAAAGUUCAUUUCCACAGGCAGAAAAGAAAGGUGUUUCCAACACAGUGACGGGUCUAAUCUUCA